GAAAGCAACACUUUGGAUGUAAGAAUAGUGCUAUUCAAAGAACAAGAAAUAGCAGAAUAUUUGAUUAAUUUGAUUUGAAGUUUAUGGAUAAUUUGGCAAUAACUAUUACAGCAGUGAACCAAACAGUCCUGCAUUGAUAUGAAAAAACUACUAAAUCUACUUUCUUAAUAACUUUAAACUGGAUAUACAGCAUCUGACUUACUCGAGUUUUUGUUUUAUGUAUUCAGAAAAAUGCUGCUAAAAGUUGCCUGCAGUCCUGAGACCUUCUAUGACCAGAGCAGCAAUGACAGUGGGAUCGACAUGUGCCUUGGACUCAGUAGAUCUCCACUUCCUGGGGAGACUGCAAGUCCUGCAAGCUAUAACCACAGAACUUCAGCUUCUCCUAUGCCAGGAUUAACAGAAUUUAACAAUCACAGUCCAGACCAUCUUUUAUCUCCAAACUCUCCAAAUUCAGUGCAUGACCUAAUGUUUUCUUCUGUAGACAAUACUACAGCACUACCACCUCAGAAGAAGUAUUUAGGAGUGCGCGUGCGAAUGCCAGUUAAAGAGAUCCUGAAACGACUAAGGGGAACUAGUGACGUUACCAGUGUUGAUCCUGAAAAGAAGACUACAAGGACACCAUCAAAAGUUUCAGGUUUGAGAGGAAGAGUGCAUCCUUAUGCAGAGCGACGAGUCAAACAAAACAAAACAAAACCUGAAAAAGCUACAGAGGUCGUUGAUGAUUUGGAAAUAUUAGUCGAAGUUUUACAGGCAGAUUUACUUAAGAGCCAAUCCAAAUCACUGGAAAAGGCAAUACUUGAUUAUGAACUGGACAGCUUAGAUAAAAUCUACAGGGAACUGCAAGCUGAUAAACAAGAAAUAGACAUUUAUCCAAUAAUUCCAUGUAUGCCAGCCUGCCAAAAAUCAAGGGAAAUUCCAUCUCCAUAUCAAGACUGCAAUUCUCAAUACAGAUGUACAGAACUAGCUGAAAAUCCUAUCUGUUCUUCAGUCCCUGAUCUCAUAUCUAGAUCAUUCCACUCCACAGACAUUUAUAAUCCUAGUUCAGGCGUAUUAAUGAAUGACACCGUAGACUGUAGAACACAGACUACCUGUGUGGAUUCCCGUAAUGACUUUCAAGUUCCAUCUCCACAAAGCAAUUUGCUUUCAUGUCCACAGGGUUCAUUUCAAGAUGAGCAUUCUGAAACCAUGUACAGUUGCACAGACACUCCACAUGACUUGAAAGCAUGUUCUAAACUGUCCUUUCAGCAGGAUCCUUCUGCAUUCUCCUUCUUUCAGUUCCAGCUUCACAGAGAGGAGACUUUGCUUAGAACAAUUCCUGCACAUGAGCUACUUGCGGUUGAUAAAAAUGGAAACACGUUGCUGCAUAAAGCUGUAAUGCAGGGAAAGAGAGCGUCUACAUAUGCACUUGCAAAUAAAAUGGCUUCACUGAAUGCAAUUAAUGUAGUGGACAACAAUGGGCGGACACCAUUGCAUCUAGCUGCAGAGAAAAAUCAACACUUAAUGGUCAGCGACCUUAUCAGUCUUGGAGGAAACAUAAACAAAAAAGACAAUUUAGGGAAGACACCUCUCCACCUCUGUGCAGAAAAUGGUUAUCACAGAGUGCUAGAAGUACUGAAAAAUAUGAAGGAACUGGGGACAGAUCUUGAAGUAGAUGCUACUGAUAACAAUGGUCUCACUCCCUUGCACUGCUCUGUGUUAGCGCAUAGUGCUGCAGUGAAAGAAUAUGAAAAAUGUAGCCUAAAACCCGAGCUUAAAAAAUUCCUAACACUCCGUAAAGAAUAUCUCUUAGAUGGAAUGGAUAUUUUGCUCCAAAUGGGUGCCAAUCCUUACAAACAGGUUCCUAACUCCUGCAAAACUGCAAUGCACUUAGCAAAUGAAGAAGGUGACCAGGAGUUAUUACACUUUUUUGAGCGUCAUAGUCUUAAAAUCUAUGACUUUCUGUAUGAGGAUUAUGCUUCGUACAGUAUGCUCAAUGCACUGAAUGACGUGCCUUGUUUUGACUCGGCGUACAAAUCUCAGACACUCUUCAGUUUUUAUUGAUGCUGGUUUUGACCUGGAAGGGAUAUGAAGAAUGUUACUUCCAUCAUCUCUGAAUGGUAGCCAGUGGUUUUUGUAUGAAACCAUUCAACUAUCAGUGAGAUAGUGUGUGACCUGACGGUAAAAGUCUUGGUAUUGUUACAGCCUGAUCUUCUGCUGAAAACUACAAGAGAGCUCCAAGUUCCUUAAAGCCAUUAUGGAUUAUGAGCAUCUAAAUGGAAAUACAAACUGCAGUUAUGGACACUGACUAUUUAGUCAGAAAGUCUAGAAGGAAAGAAAAAAUGUUAUUUUACCUUUUUCUUAUCGUAAGUUUUAUAGGUAAAUAAGAAUUUAUAAAGUUAAUAUUCUACCUAUAAAUCUCCUGUAUUGUAACAUAAAAAGCUCAUAUAGUUCAGCAAAGUCAGGCAUUUAUUGAUUGAACCAGUAGUAAAAAUUAUGGACUUGCUGCCAAUGAACCAAUUAACACAUAAAAAGAGCAUAUGGCUAGAUUUUAACUACAUUACUUAAAUUAAACUGCAGAGUUAAACAAUCUAAGUACAUGGCACAUGGAUCUAUAUGAUUAAUUGUAUAUUUUUAUCCAUGUGAACCCUGCAAACACCAUAUGGUGAAGGAAUUCUGCAUGAGCCAUUCUGUCUAGAAGGGCAUGUAGUGAGAGAAAGCAUUUUACACGUAUAGAUGCUGUUUCUUCUGAGAAAUUACUCUCUCUCUGUCUCAUUGGCAAAUCAGACUUUAGAGCAAUCCAUAUAUUUGACUAUCUGGUUCUAAAUUAGCUGGUUUCUGUGAAACUUCCUUGGUUUGCUAGAAAUAGCAGAAUGUAAGACAUAAAUGUAAUUUUUAAAAUUAAAAAAUAUUUUUUUUGUAUUUUGAUUCUAUUCAUUUUGUGAUUGACUGUUUUACUCAUUCUUAAACUUUUAACUGCCAAGAUUUCUUCCUAUGUUUCACACCUGCAGUUGUGAAAUAAGUGAGAUCUGAUCAGUUUUAAGAUUUCCAUUAAUUCUUUUUGCAACUGGUUUCAGAAUAAGGACUCUGUCUGCCAUUUCCAGGAAAGUAAACUAUGUCUAUAUAUGAGGUGCUGAAAAGAUUUCAGGAGGAUAUAAAAUGCUGUGGAAUUAUUCUGAGUCAGAGUAAAGAAUUUUAUCUCAGUCAGAUGGUGUUUCAUGCUACACAAACUAUAUGAACUUUGAAGCAUAAUUAAAGACUGUCUCCUUUAUGCACAGAACCAUAGGUAGCUGUUCUGAAAACUGUGCCAUUCCCAGAUCAGGCACCACUAAGAAAAAAGGUCAUCUUAUACUGGAGGACCAAAAAAAGUCCUACUUAUUUAAACUGCAUCUAACCACUUGAAUAUAAAACAAAACACUUCAGACCUGAUCACAAAUGCAGCAUCAACAUUCAGAAUCUACCAAUCUUGUCCUCAGGGAGGGCUCCACCUUAGCUACACUUCUGUUUAUUUAUUAGUCCAUCACUAUAAAGCAGAAAAUCCCAUUACCUAUCCAAUAUGCUCCCUAAAAGCCUAAAAUAAUGACAACUGAUUAUUUACAAAGAUAUGGUUAUUUGUGGAGUAGCAUUAAACCCACUGUUUUGUGCUUCUGAGCUGCAUGUUAUUUUUUAACUAUAUCUCUUCAUAUAGAAAUAUGUAUCGCACCCAAACAAAAUGAAGGAUACCUUUAGAAAUACAUAUAAUUUACCUGGUAACAUAGUAAUUAUACCAAGUGUAAGUGAAUAAGUCGUUUUAUAUGAAUGUUUUUUUCCUGCACAGUAGUUAUACCGAAGGACAAAAAAAAGCUUACUUCCUGCAAAAUGCAGUUCAAUCGUGUCGUAUUCUCUUAAACAACUUUGCUGUUUCUAAGACCACUGCAUCAGGAACUUAGUCAUUGUGAUGUGAAGAGAAAAAAAACUCAUCUGGUUAUGUGGGAGGUCUAAAAAACACUCUGCUUUUGACAGAAUCAUUAUUCAUUAACCAAUAUUGAUAGCAAUGACAUCUGUCUAUGCAGUAUUUCGGUAAAAGAUCUGCAAUCUUUUUUAGAUGCUUUAGUACAAGAGGGCAUUAAUAUUUACAAACAUUAGAAAUUGUUAUGAACCAUUUUUUACUUAGGAAUAUUAAGUGUUUCUCAAAAAAUGAUAUUCUACUUUCAUUUGCAUAUUAUCUGCUGACUGCAUUGCAUAACAGUAUUCAGGAAUACCAUCCAAUGUAAUACUAAAGCACUAAUGCAGCAUGAACAUAUAUUAGUAUCUAAUUAAUCUUCUUUCAGUUAUACAACAUAAGUAGGAUAGUGGUCAUAUUAAAACCCAUUUCCUUGCAAGAUAUCUCAUAGCAGUCUUGUGAAGGUGCCAAGUGUAUAGUAUCCUCUUCACUUACAAAGCAUAACACCAACUAGCAAAACUAGUCACUGAGUAUGUACUGUAACAAUGACUCCCACCUAUUAUUCUGUCUAUACAAUAUCACCAGGCAUUAGCUAGGCAACAUGCUUUCAUUUGCCAUUUCAUUACGUAACACUAAAUGUGAUUUUAGUUCAUGCGGUGCCAUACUAAAUCAGCAUACUGUGACUAAUAAAGGGGUGAAAACUAACAUUUAUAUACAUUUUCAUGAAAUGUGCAGUGUGAGAGCACUGUUGCAUUUUACUUCAUUAAACAAUGGUCUGUGUGUGUUUCAGGGAAAGUCACUGUCAUAUAAAUAUUGACUGUUGGUAAUUUGGUCACAGUCACUAAUGCUAAUGUGACACCACUACUCCAUGUAAAAAGUGGGUUGCUGAUGGUGAAACAAUAGUUUGAGCAAUUAACAUAAUUGUUUAGAAGAAUAUACAACUAUUUCUUCUGCCCUUUCCUGUUAUUAAUAGGAAUGCUAUAUUAGCGUUUAAAGGCAUUUCACUUACUAUUUUGUUUACAUUCCAUUGUUUCUUCAGUAGGACAACAAUUUUAUCUUCACUUACUUUGAUUCUGAAUUUUAUCAAUAAAACAUUUAUUGCUUUGUACUAUACAACUUUAUUUUAUUUGAUUUUGGGGUUAAAAAAUUCCGUAAAGUAUGAAGCUGACCAGAAAAUUCCACUUACAUGUACCAUUUAAUAUGUAAUGUUAAAACUGUGAACCAGUUUCAU